AUGAGCUGCGAUUUGCUACCAGAGUGGUUGAAUCUCUUCUUGGAUGAUGUAGAAACUACUUUAUGUUUACCGAUAUUACUCAUUAUGGUUCAUUGUACUGUUCAAUUUAUAAUUAACCACGCUAUGGACAUUGGCCUGACGUUUUACCAAACUGUAAUACAGAAAUCGGAUGAAGAAGAGGCAGAGGAAGUGGAAUGUGACAACGCAAAAUGUGGCCAAGAUCUAUUGAGCAAGAUAAAAGGGUUCUUUUACAAUUUGUCUCUCGGUUUUAAUACCGAUUCGAAACCGGAAGAGAGGGCGCCACCAUCAUUGGUUAGGCCAGCUUUGCAAGAAGAGGACUGGGAUUAUUGUGAGGAGGAUGACGAAGAAAAUUUAUAA